CGGAUCCCUGCGCGGGGUUGCUAAGGGUGAAAGUUUGCCGUGAGUUGGCUCACUUGGGGCCAGGGCGCGGGCGGCUCCGGGCCGGCGGGGCGAGGCGAGGCGGCGAGAGGCGACACCGACACGACCGGUACCCGCAUCCGCAUCCCCACCCCCGGGCGUCCCGCACCACCUCCGGCCCGCGCCGCAGCCCCCGGGUCCGCCCCGCGGAAGAACCGCACCGCCGGGGAUAACGCGAGGGAGGGGAACGGGACGGGGCAGAGACCCCCGCGCACCUCCCACGGCCUCCGAGCAGCCGCCACCAGCCGCUGGCCCUGGAGCCGAGGACGAAGUCUGUUUGGAGCCAAAUCUUGUAUAUGUGUGUGUCAUUUUGCCUCUUUUAAUACACUGCCCUGACUUGCUUGCUGCGAAAGGAGUAUGCAUCUGGAGAUCAAAGUUGCUCUUAACUUCAUCAUCUCAUACCUGUACAACAAGCUUCCUCGGAGGCGGGCAGACCUGUUUGGUGAGGAGCUAGAGCGCCUGCUGAAGAAGAAAUAUGAGGGUCACUGGUACCCGGAGAAGCCUCUGAAGGGAUCUGGCUAUCGCUGUGUUCAUAUAGGGGAGACGGUGGAUCCGGUGGUGGAGCUGGCAGCCAAGCGGAGUGGGCUGGCCGUGGAGGAUGUACGCGCCAACGUGCCAGAAGAGCUGAGUGUCUGGAUCGACCCUUUCGAGGUCUCCUACCAGAUUGGCGAGAAGGGCUCUGUUAAGGUCCUCUACCUGGAUGACAGUGAGGGCUGCAGUGCCGUGGAGCUGGACAAAGAAAUCAAGAGCAGCUUCAACCCCGAUGCCCAGGUAUUUGUCCCCAUUGGUAGCCAGGACAACUCGCUGUCCAACUCUCCGUCCCCCUCCUUUGGCCAGUCGCCGAGCCCCACCUUCAUCCCUCGCUCUGCCCAGCCCAUCACAUUCACCACUGCCACCUUUGCUGCCACGAAGUUCGGCUCUACCAAGAUGAAGAAGGGUGGAGGAGCUGGAGGAGGGGGUGGCGGAGCAGGGGCUGGGCAGCAGCCGAGGAUGGUCAGGUCUCCCACCACCAACCUGCUGAAGCACAAGGGCCUCUCCCUGUCUAUGCACUCUCUGAACUUUGUCGGGAGCGCUGGGAGCCAAGCCCCCCAGUCGCAGCUCUCCCCCAACGCCAAGGAGUUCAUUUACAGUGGCGGAUCGCCAGGAGCCAGCAGUCUCUUCUUCGAUGGUGUUGCCAGCGAGAGCCAGGCCAGCAGCAUCCCGCCAACAUCGCAGUUCAACACUGGCACAGGUGGUACCUUUGAUAUGGCUCAGGUCUUUGGUGGCAGCACCAACAACCUCUUCUUGGAGAAGUCUCCCUUCGUGGAAGGACUUAGCUACAACCUGAAUGCCAUGCAGUAUCCCAGCCAGUCGUUCCAGCCUGUCGUCCUGGCCAACUGAACACAAGGAAGGAGAGUAUUUUGGGGCGGGGGGGGGAUGGGGGUGGGGGUGGGGGGAUAAGAACAAAACAAACAAGAGGAAGAUAAAAGAAAAAUAGAAAUAUACAGAAAAUAUUCAAAUCUUAUAAAUAUAGCUUCUUGGGAAAAGAGAGAGCCCAGUGUUGUUGCGCUGUGCUGGCAACGCUCCUGAAGCACUGACAUGUUUUUUAACUCAGUCCCUGUGCUUUUUUCCUACUCACUUUUUUACUCCUGAAUUGAGUCUUGGGAUUUUUUCGGUUCGUGUUCCCCCUUCGCCCAGCCCAGGACUGGUGCAAACAUAGGUCACGAUGCUCCUGAUUCCCUGCACCAACCCCCCAGCGCUGGACACAGGGUCCUUCCACGUGGGCGUAGGGAUGUCUUCUUCGUACCACCUCGCUGGAGGAGGGACAGGGAGAGGAUGAGUCAGUGUCAGUGGAGGUACACACACUCUUGCGUGCUAGCCAGAAAUGGGUGGGUGGGCUUGCUUUUCUGUUACUGCUCUGCGUGUAGACGGAGAGCAUCUCCUGUGCCUGCGGGGGUAGACUGUUGUGCUGUUGUUACUCCAGGCCCUCCAGCCUGGGCUGGCGUCAACUGUUCUGUCUGUGUGCUGAAAAGCGCUAACUCUUCUCCUUGACCGCCUCCCGGCACGUAGCAGGGAAGGCAGAGCGUUACUGUGAAAUGGUGGCUUCCUGCACCUUUCCUCAUUUGCACUUCCAGCCGCGCUACAGGAGAACAGCACUUUGAACUGAGUGACUCUGGUUAUCAUCCCCUUCGGCGCGUGAGCGAGGGGACCUUUGCGUGCCCUCGCAGGACAGCCCUGUGGAGUAGAAACGCACCCCGCCUGUCCCUGCGGCAGGGUGAGGUGGUGCUGAGCCAGGCGGCCCUACUUGGAUCCUGACCCCACUUCCCACACGUUCUCCCCAGCAUCCACUGGCGAUCGUCUGGGGCAGCCUCCUGGGUCUGAGUUUCUUGUUCCUGCUGUGAAUUCAUCAUCUUGUCUCAGAGAGGGAAUUCCUUCUGUUUUAGUUAGAGGCAGCACUACUUUUGAAGGAGAGAAAGGGCUAUGUUGUUGAAGCUGCUCUCUUGAGUGGUAGCUUAAGGGUUUUUACUUUCAUCCAGGUAUACACCUGACUAAAUCCUGUCUCCUACCCUUCUGGAGGAGCGGGAAGAGGUGGCUGAUCUGGUGAGGAAGGGAAGCACAUAGCAUAAACUCAUCAUUCCAGCUAGAUUGCGUCAGUGUGGACAGCAGCAGGCUUAGAGCAGAGUAGGGACAGGCACUCUGAAGGCAAGCGGCCAUCCCAGUGGCAUGAAUGUACAGUGCCUCCCUGCUGCAGGGCCAGGAUCUGGGAAUGCCCCUGUGGCUUUCCCCAGGACAAUGUGCUGCAGUCGGGUGGUAGCAGCUUCUCAGCUAGGUCGCUUCUGUGUCAGGGACUCCAAAACCCACCUUCACAGGAAGCUGGAGGAGGGCUGCUUCUUGCCCACCCAGGCAGGGUGGUGGAGGCUCUCUAGGUGGGAAGGAGGUCUCCUUGGAGGUUGUUGUGGGAGUAUGGAAGCGUGCAAAGAAGAGAGAUGGAGAUGAUGAGACUCCAGUCUUUGAAGUUUUCGGUUUAAAAGAAAAAGAAGGUUUUUGCUGCCUCCCAAACUUGAGGUUUGCUUUCCUUUUAAUGAUGUCUCUGGAGCACCCUCUGAAAACCACUUCUCCUGUAUCUGUCAAACCACCAUGCUCUUUCAAGACAUCCCUGUUUCAGAGGAGAUGGGCUUGAACUCAUGGUUUUCCCUGCUCACUUCCCUCGAGCUGAGGUGAAGGCGCUCCAGCCCUCUUGUAGUUGUGUUGCCAAUGAGCCUUUGCAGAGGUAACGGGCUGUCCCAGGGACACUGCCACUGCCCGCAGCGCUUUAAGGAGAGGUUCCAGCACACCCUUCCCCUCGCUGGGUGACUGGGGGAAGGCAUGAUCCUGACCUCGUCCCCAGCGUGGGUUCCCAAGCAGGCUGCUUGCCUUUGAGCUAUGACCAAUGCAGCCAGUGGGCGAGGAGAACGGAGCCCAGCUAGCUUCCCCCAGACAGCCCCCUGCAGCCUCAACCCUGCUGAGUUUCCAGAGAUUUCCAGACUAGGGCAAGUUGCUAAGGAAUGGCCAAGCUGUGGGGUUUCCCUUUUUUCUUCUGUGUCUUUAACACCACCCCCCCUGCCAUGGAUGUUACCACUGCCACCCCAUCCUUCUCCCCGGGAGCAUGCUGCUGAGUGCCAGCCCACUUGCUGCACUGGACUGAGGAGGUGCUCAGGCUGCGGGACGCAAUCCAGUUGUCCCCAACCACCGUCCCCACAUCUGGCAAAGCCACCUGUGAGCCACUGCCGCAGGACAGCGUUCUCUCCUCUGGCACAGGGAGGGAGGGGAGAGGUGGGGACGCCUCCCCCAGCCACCUGCUUAUGUGUGUGAAGCUUUGAUGCCGCUUUGCCCUGCCACACGUAUUAUACCUGCUUUAAAAAUAGUGGUGUGAGUGGAAGGAGGAAAAGAGGAGGGACCAACCUCAUUGUAUCUUAAAAGGAAAAAAGCGUGCUUCAGAAACGUUCCUCCAGUGUCAGGCAGCAGUGGAAACUAACGGCCUUUUCGGGUCUUUUCUAGUCUUGGAUGUAGGCGUUCAGCUUCAAUUUUAUUUUUUAAAAACCUGCACUAAUUUACCUGGUUUCUUAGGAAGAGAAGAGAGAAUUUUUUUUUUAACUUUUAUUUUUUAUGGGUUUGUGUUCUUUUUGUUGAUGUCUGUUUGUAUUGAAUAAUUUGCUACAUUUGUAAAAUGUAAGAGGUAUAUAUAAUAUAUGUAUAUUUCUAACGUAAAAAAACUGUAAUUUUUUUCUUUUCAAGAUUUUUUCUUAAAAAGAGGAGAGAAAAAAAUAUUUUUUCAGGAAAAAAACUUUAAAAAAAAAAGUGGUGAAGAUUCCUUUCUCCCCAGUCAGCCUCCCUCCUUUUCCUCCCACCCCUCUCCGAGGAGUGAGUCGACAGUUGCCUUGUGGGAGAGAAUGAGUGAAAGAGGACGCAAGCCUGUAUGUCUCUGAGCAGAGGGUUUCUGUGUGUGCUCUGCUUUGUUUUUUUUCUGAGAAGGGGGCUGCUGAGAGGGGGAACCAGGGGGUUGCUGUCUUUUUUUUUCUUUUUUUUUUUUUUCUUUAGCGAAGGAGGAAUACAAUCAGAGUUUUGUAUUCAGAAUGUUGUGCAAUAUUUUGGAACGGGACAUUGGUGUGUCUAGAGAUUUAGUUAAAAACAAACAAAAAAAACCAACAAAAAAAAGGUUGAUCAAAUCUGUACAGUUUCUAUUGUUCCAGAUUUUUUUAAGUUUGUAUUAAAAGCAUGAUAUAAUAA